AUGGUAUUGCUACGAUGGGAUCAUCAUCAGCAAUCGCAAAGUGAAACGAGUUUGGAACACCCAAGGAGCCCCACCAGUCCAUUGAGUAUUCGACAUGACUCGGCGGAGAGCAGCGUCAUAUCGCCAGGACUUCCGGAGCGCUACAGUCCGCUGGGGGCGACGGGCUCGGUGUCUAGCCACGACCCUUAUGGCUCGCGCUCCGUCCAGGAGUGUCCGGUGCCCCUCUGCCGCGGCUUGCCCACGGACUUUCCCCUGGCGCGUUCGCCUUACCUCACCGCCCUCGAGAAUGGCCACCCUCACAUGCUGGCCCAGCACCACCAUCAACAUCAAUCAUCGACCCAGCAGCAACAGCAACAGCAGCAACAACAACAUCAGCAGCAACAGACUCAUGGACAGCACGUGAACAAGCCACCCAGGAGCCUCGGACUCAUAUGCAUCGUCUGCGGGGACACCAGCUCCGGCAAGCACUAUGGCAUCCUCGCUUGUAACGGCUGCAGUGGCUUCUUCAAGAGGAGCGUCAGGCGAAAACUCAUUUACAGGUGUCAAGCGGGUACGGGGCGCUGCGUCGUCGACAAGGCGCAUCGCAAUCAGUGCCAGGCCUGCCGACUCAAAAAGUGCAUGCAGAUGGGGAUGAACAAGGACGCGGUGCAAAACGAGCGACAGCCACGGAACACGGCAACCAUCAGGCCGGAAGCUCUCGUGGAAAUGGACCAGGAGCGGGCGCUACGCGAGGCCGCUGUCGCCGUCGGCGUCUUUGGGCCCCCGGUUUCUUUGGCGAUGGCGCGAUACGCCGCACCGCUGCCUCUACCCACAACUGUCGCUCCGACCUCGAAUUCCACCAGUGCGCCGACGCCACCUCGACAAGAUAACGACGAUGGAAACGCCUCGGAAGACAGCAUUGACGUAACGAACGAGGAGCCCCUGACUCCCCAGCCUCAGCCACGCACCAAUUGCAAUCAACUGCCUCCAGUUAUGCCGUCGAUCUACUCGCCGGCGAGCGUCGAGACUGUCUACGAGACCUCGGCGAGGCUGCUCUUCAUGGCCGUCAAGUGGGCCAAGAACCUGCCGUCCUUCGGCAGUCUGCCGUUUCGCGAUCAGGUAAUACUCCUCGAGGAAUCCUGGUCGGAGCUAUUUUUAUUGAACGCCGUUCAGUGGUGCCUGCCCUUGGAAUCCUCGCCGCUGUUCAGUGCGGCUGAACUGUCAGCUCUGACGAUGUCGCCCCACCCGGUGCACUCGCACUCGGGCCUCCACCUCUCCUCGCCAAGCAAAUCCAAUCAGGUCGCAGUGGACGUGAGAUACCUGCACGACAUGCUGCAUCGGUACAAAUCCGUCAUGAUCGAUCCCGCGGAAUUCGCCUGCAUGAAGGCCAUCGUUCUUUUUCGUCCAGAGACUCGAGGUCUGAAAGACUCGAGCCAGAUCGAAAACCUGCAGGACCAGGCGCAGGUGAUGCUGGGACAGCACACGAGGAGUCAACAGCCUAGCAAUCCGGCGCGCUUCGGCCGUCUGUUGCUCCUCUUGCCCCUGCUGAGGAACGUGUCCGCUGCCCGGGUCGAGCUCAUCUACUUCCACAGGACGAUCGGCAAUACGCCGAUGGAGAAAGUACUCUGCGACAUGUACAAGAACUAG